AUGCCCGCGAUGGAGCCGGCCAGCCUGCUGCGGUUCCUGCGGAAGCUCAAGGAGGUUUUCGACGUGUGCGACGAGGAUGCGGACGGGUUCAUCCGGGUGGAGCACUUCGUCGCCCUGGGGCUGCAGUUCGGCCAAGGGGAUGAGGUGGAAAAACUGGCAAAGUACUUGGACCCAAAUGAUUUGGGAAGAAUCAAUUUUAAGGACUUCUGUCAUGGAGUUUUUGCUAUCAAAGGCUGUGAAGAAUUACUAAAAGAUGUCCUGUCUCCUGAAAACUCUGACCCCUACCAGCCACAAUAUGUUGAUUACUAUUACCAGGGUGGUGAAAUCCAGGACUGUGCCUGCUUGGACAGCGAAGGCGCCUACAGCGAGCCGGAGCUGUUUGCUGAUGAGGACGCGAUGACUCUGGCGCAGCAGGAGGCUCACCAUGAGUCUGACAUGGACAGUGCCAUCGAGAGCGCCCAGAGCUCCGAGGCCUCGGACGUGUGCCGGAGCGAGGACAAGGACGGGGUGCUCGGUGGCCUCUUCUUGCCUGGUGACAAGUCAAGUCCUCACAACCCUUCUGCAGCAUCUGACCUCUCCACUUAUUCCACCGCCUCCCUGAUCAGUAAUGAAGAACAGUUUGAAGACUAUGGGGAAGGAGAUGAUGUGGAUUUUACUCCCAGUAGCCCAUGCCCUGAUGAUGAGACCAGAACCAACGCCUACUCUGACCUUGGCUCAUCUGUAUCUUCCAGUGCUGGCCAAACCCCCCGAAAAAUGAGACAUGUUUAUAACAGCGAGUUACUGGAUGUUUACUGCUCACAGUGCUGCAAAAAGAUAAAUCUCCUCAACGAUUUGGAAGCCAGGCUGAAAAACCUGAAAGCAAACAGCCCUAACAGGAAAAUAUCAAGCACAGCCUUUGGAAGACAACUCUUCCACAACAGUAACUUCAGCAGUAGUAAUGGCAGCACAGAAGACUUGUUCAGAGACAGUAUAGACUCCUGUGAUAAUGAUAUCACUGAAAAGGUCACGUACCUAGAGAAGAAGGUGACAGAACUGGAGAAUGAUAGCCUGACAAAUGGUGACAUGAAGAGCAAACUGAAACAAGAGAACACACAGCUGGUUCAUAGGGUUCAUGAGCUAGAGGAACUACUGAAAGACCAAGAAACAUCAGCAGAACAGACUCUGGAAGAAGAGAUAAAGAGACAUAGAGAAGCUUACAGCAAGUAUGAAAAAGAGAAAGGCACUGAAAUUGAACUGCUAAAUACAAGGGUUCAACAACUGGAAGAAGAAAAUGGUGAUCUGAAAAGCACUGUCACACGGCUGAAAUCCCAAACAGAGAGAUUGGAUGAGGAGAGGCAGCGCAUGUCAGACAGGUUGGAAGACACAAGUCUGCGACUGAAGGAUGAGAUGGAUUUGUACAAGAGGAUGAUGGACAAGCUGCGGCAGAACAGGCUGGAAUUCAACAAGGAGAGGGAAGCCACACAGGAGCUCAUCGAAGACCUGCGGAAGGAACUGGAGCACCUGCAGCUGUACAAGCUGGAGUGUGAACGUCCUGGACGUGGGAGAAGCUCUUCCUCCAGCCUGAGUGAAUUCAAUGCCAAAACCAGAGAGGUGGAAAUGGAGCAUGAAAUAAAACGGCUGAAGCAGGAGAACCAGAAACUUCGUGACCAAAAUGAUGAUCUUAAUGGACAGAUUCUAAGCCUCAGUCUUUAUGAAGCUAAAAACCUCUUUGCAACGCAAACAAAAGCUCAGUCACUGGCAGCUGAAAUCGAUUCUGCAUCAAGAGAUGAGCUCAUGGAAGCCCUCAAAGAACAGGAAGAGAUAAACUACAGAUUGCGACAGUAUAUGGACAAGAUAAUUUUGGCUAUCCUGGACCACAAUCCAUCUAUCUUGGAAAUAAAGAAUUGA